UUCGAAAUGAAUUUUCGUGGAAAUUUCUCCGACUAGGUAGUAAGUAGUUAUAAGUCCGAUUAAUACGACAAGGAUAUAAUCAGAUGGACUUAAUGCGUCCGUCUCUCUCAUUCAAAUUGAGAUAAAUUUGAACGGAAAAUUGAUACUACGAGAAGAAAACUGUGAUCGAUAAGAAGGUUUCGAGGUUAGCGGAAGAAGAAAUUUCCUGUGAAUUCCUCAGGUGUGAAACCCUAGGCUGAAUUUGAGAAAGGAUGAAUGACGCAGAUGUCUCCAAGCAGAUCCAACAGAUGGUCAGAUUCAUUCGGCAAGAAGCCGAGGAGAAAGCCAACGAGAUCUCUGUCUCCUCCGAGGAGGAAUUUAACAUUGAGAAGUUGCAACUAGUUGAAGCCGAAAAGCGAAAGAUUAGGCAAGAAUAUGAGCGCAAAACAAAGCAGGUGGAAGUUCGUAAAAAAAUUGAAUAUUCAAUGCAGCUGAAUGCUUCUCGUAUUAAAGUUCUUCAAGCCCAAGAUGAUGUCGUGAAUUCCAUGAAGGAGUCUGCUAGCAAGCAGCUUCUGCGUGUUUCAACAGACAAAAAGACAUACAGCAAGCUUCUUAAAGAUUUGAUUGUUCAAAGUCUGUUACGUCUGAAAGAGCCAUCAGUAUUGUUGCGGUGUAGAGAGGCGGACCGCAAGCUUGUUGAAUCUGUUAUAGAUGAAGCGAAGCAACAGUAUGCAGAGAAAGCCAAAGUCCAUUCCCCUAAAGUGACAAUUGAUAAUCGUGUAUUCCUUCCACCACCUCCUACUGAUUCAGAUUCGCAUGGUCCCUCCUGCUCUGGAGGAGUGGUAUUGGCUUCAGAAGAUGGGAAGAUAGUCUGCGAGAAUACACUAGAUGCAAGAUUGGAUGUUGUUUUCCGUCAAAAGUUGCCUGAGAUACGGAAGCAGCUCUUUGGACAGGUUGGUGCCUGAUUGCAUGGAUCAGAUCCUCCUUGACCUGUAAUAAAAUGAUUGCCAUUUUCUUGUCUUUGAUGGGCUGUAACUUAUCCAUAAAGGGUAAAAUGCUGGUUCAGAAUCUGGAUGGUUCAAGCAUCAACUUCUUGUUCAACAGUUUCAGUCCGGGAGAGUCAAUGUUGUUUAUGGAUGUAUGAAUCCUUAUGUUCUCAGCGCUAGUUAAUUUAAGCUAUUAUCCGCCA